UAAGAAAUGUUGGAGAAGUGGGAGGCCUCAGAAAGCCCACUUGUAGCUCUUUUGGAAACGAAUGAAAUCCAUGCGGGAUGUAUUCCCGGGGCUGAGUCAUUGUGCAGAGUGGGCUUACGUUGUUUGUGGUCUUCACACUGAAGCCCGCCAACCUCAGGAAAAGCCAGAAGAGGUGUGGGCUGUGUGCAGCAAGCUCUGGAGCGGGAUUGGUGGGAGGCGGAGUGAGGCCCGGGGUGAGAGGCUGGGCCACGCGGGUUAGCCUGGACUUAAAAGGCCGGGAGGCAAGGAAGUCUCCACCCGCUGCCCUGCUCUCAGGGGCUCCAGGCAGCCGGCUUCACUCAGGGAGGGCUCUCAGUUGCCUGGACCCAAAUCCUGCCCGCUCGUUUCUGGGGCUGGUGCCCAGGAGCCUUCCGCCCUGGAGCGUGAGGCGAAGCUUCUUACAGGGUGCAAUGCCCCACCUGUCGAGAUCCGACGAGUUGGUUUUCUUCGUGAACGGGAGGAAGGUGCUGGAGAGGAACGCAGACCCGGAAGUCACACUGCUGACCUUCCUACGAAAGAACUUACGCCUCACGGGAACCAAGUAUGUCUGCGGAAGAGGAGGCUGUGGGGCCUGCACCGUGAUGGUGUCGAAGCACGACCCCGUGUCCAGGAAGAUAAGACACUUCUCCGUCACUGCGUGCCUGGUGCCCAUCUGCUCUCUGUAUGGAGCUGCUGUCACCACCGUGGAAGGUGUUGGAAGCAUCAAAACCAGGCUUCACCCGGUGCAGGAGAGGAUUGCCAAGAGCCACGGCACCCAGUGCGGGUUCUGCACCCCUGGGAUGGUGAUGUCCAUGUACACGCUGCUCAGGAACCACCCACAGCCCUCUGAGGAGCAGCUCAUGGAAGCCCUGGGAGGCAACCUUUGCCGCUGCACUGGGUAUCGGCCAAUUCUCGAGAGUGGGAGGACCUUCUGUGCGGAGUCAAGUGGCUGUCAGCAGAAAGGAAGAGGAAAAUGCUGCUUGGACCAGGGAGAAAAUGCCACUUCCUCGCUUGGCGGGGAAAGUGACAUUUGCACAGAGUUGUUUGCGAAAGACGAGUUCCAGCCCUUGGACCCUACCCAGGAGCUCAUAUUUCCCCCAGAACUCUUGAGAAUGGCGGAGAACCCAGAAAAGCGAACGCUGACCUUUCAUGGAGAGAGGGUUACCUGGAUCUCCCCCGGGACCCUCAAGGAUCUCCUGGAGCUGAAAGUGAAACACCCCGACGCCCCUCUCAUCCUGGGCAACACCUCACUGGGACCUGCAAAGAAAUCUCAAGGACAUUUUCACCCAGUUCUCCUCUCUCCUGCUAGGAUUUCUGAGCUGAGUAUGGUGUCCACAACAAGCGAGGGGCUGACGAUAGGUGCUGGCUGCAGUCUGGCCCAGGUGAAGGACAUCUUGGCUGGGAGGGUUUCCGAGCUCCCAGAGGAGAAAACUCAGACGUACCGAGCCCUCCUGAAGCACCUGAAGAGGCUGGCAGGCCAGCAGAUCCGGAAUAUGGCAUCCUUAGGGGGACAUAUCAUGAGCCGGCACUGCUAUUCGGAUCUGAAUCCAGUUCUGGCUGUGGGCAACACCGCCCUCAAUCUGAUGUCCAAAGAAGGGACACGGCAGAUUCCUCUAGACAGAGAUUUUCUUGCUGGGUUGGCAAGUGCAGACCUUAAGCCAGAGGAAAUUUUGGAGUCGGUGUACAUCCCUCACUCUCAAAGGUGGGAAUUUGUGUCAGCCUUCCGACAGGCUCAGUGCCAGCAGAAUGCCUUGGCCGACGUGACGGCUGGCAUGCGAGUCCUCUUCCAAGAAGGCACGGACACCAUUGAGGACCUGAGCCUGGCUUACGGAGGGGUUGGGGAUGCCACAAUCAGUGCACAGAAAUCCUGCCAGCAGCUCCUGGGCAGGCGCUGGAAUGAGCCGAUGCUGGAUGAGGCUUGCAGGCUGCUCCUGGACGAAGUCUCCCUCCCAGGCGGGGCUCCGGGGGGCAGUGUGGAAUUCAAGAGGACUCUGGUGGUCAGCUUCUUUUUCAAGUUCUACCUGGAGGUUCUGCAGGAACUGAAGAAGCCGGGCAAGCUGCUCUCUGUGCCCGAUGGCCAUCAUUUUCCUGAAAUUUCAGACCGAUUCCUAAGCGCUCUAGAAGAUUUCCCGGCCACAGUACCCCAGGGCGUCCAAAGGUACCAGAGUGUGGACUCUCACCAAGCCCUCCAGGAUCCAGUCGGACGGCCCAUCAUGCACCUGUCAGGUCUCAAACAUGCCACAGGUGAAGCCAUAUUUUGCGAUGACAUCCCCACGGUGGAUAAAGAACUUUUCAUGGCUUUGGUGACCAGUACCAGAGCCCAUGCAAAAAUCAUAUCAGUUGAUUUGUCCAAGGCCCUUGAACUCCCCGGGGUGGUUGAUGUGAUAACAGCUGAGGACAUUCCAGGCACCAAUGGUGCCGAAGAUGACAAACUGUUGGCUGUAGAUAAGGUGCUGUGCGUGGGCCAGAUCGUCUGUGCUGUGGUUGCAGAGACGGAGGCACAGGCAAAGCGUGCAGUGGAAGAGACAAAGAUCGCCUAUGAGGACCUGGAGCCCGUAAUCUUCACCAUCGAGGAUGCCAUAAAACACAGCUCGUUCCUGUGCCCUGAAAAAAAGCUUGAACAAGGAAACGUCGAGAAGGCAUUUGAAGAAGUCGAUCAAAUUGUGGAAGGAGAGGUCCACGUUGGAGGACAGGAACAUUUUUACAUGGAAACACAGCGAGUGCUCGUUAUUCCAAAGACAGAGGACAAAGAACUGGACAUUUAUGUGUCGACACAGGAUCCAGCCCACGUGCAGAAAACAGUGUCCUCUACGUUAAACAUCCCCAUCAACAGGAUCACCUGUCAUGUAAAGCGAGUGGGUGGAGGUUUUGGCGGGAAGGUGGGAAGACCAGCUGUACUCGGGGCUAUUGCAGCUGUGGGCGCAAACAAAACUGGUUACCCCAUUCGUCUUGUUCUUGAUCGUGAAGAUGAUAUGUUAAUAACUGGGGGAAGACACCCAUUAUUUGGAAAAUAUAAAGUGGGAUUCAUGAACAGCGGGCGCAUCAGAGCUCUCGACAUCGAGUGCUUCAUUAACGGAGGCUGCACGCUGGAUGACUCAGAGCUGGUAACUGAAUUUCUUAUACUAAAGAUGGAAAAUGCGUAUAAAAUCCGCAACCUCAGGUUCCGGGGACGUGCGUGCAUGACAAAUUUACCAUCCAACACGGCCUUUCGUGGGUUCGGCUUCCCCCAAGGAACCCUGGUCACAGAGUCUUGCAUCACAGCCGUGGCAGCCAAAUGUGGCCUUCUGCCAGAAAAGGUGAGGGAGAAAAACAUGUACAAAACAGUUGAUAAAACCAUCUACAAACAAGCGUUCAACCCUGAGCCCCUGAUAAGAUGCUGGAACGAAUGUCUGGACAAGUCUUCCUUUCACAGCCGAAGGAUGCAAGUGGCAGAGUUCAACAAGAAGAAUUACUGGAGGAAGAGAGGCCUGGCUGUGGUCCCCAUGAAGUUUUCCGUUGGCUUUGCUGCCACAAGCUUUCAUCAGGCAGCCGCACUGGUUCACAUCUACACAGAUGGGUCCGUACUGGUCACACAUGGAGGCAACGAACUGGGCCAAGGCAUUCACACCAAAAUGCUACAGGUGGCCAGCCGUGAGUUGAAGGUCCCCAUGUCUCACAUGCACAUCUGUGAAACAAGCACAGCCACGGUGCCUAACACCAUCGCGACAGCGGCGUCCAUCGGCUCCGACGUCAACGGCCGAGCUGUGCAGAAUGCUUGUCAGAUCCUGCUGAAACGCCUUGAGCCCAUCAUUAAGAAAAAUCCGGAAGGUACUUGGGAAGACUGGAUAGAAGCUGCUUUUGAACAAAGAAUCAGUCUUUCUGCCACUGGAUACUUCAGGGGCUAUGAGGCCUUCAUGGACUGGGAGAAGGGGGAGGGAGACCCGUUUCCCUACUACGUCUACGGAGCAGCCAGCUCUGAGGUGGAAGUGGACUGCCUGACGGGAGCUCACAAGAAAAUCAGAACAGACAUCGUCAUGGAUGCAUGCUGCAGCCUAAAUCCAGCCAUUGAUAUUGGGCAGAUUGAAGGCUCAUUUACCCAGGGAAUGGGCCUUUAUACCACCGAGGAGCUGAAAUAUUCCCCAGAAGGAGUCUUGUAUUCCCGAGGCCCAGACGAUUACAAAAUUCCCACCAUCACUGACGUCCCAGAGGAGUUCAAUGUGUCCUUGUUGCCGUCAUCGCAAACCCCACUAACCAUCUAUUCAUCCAAGGGCCUGGGUGAGUCUGGGAUGUUUCUGGGGUCAUCUGUGUUCUUCGCCAUCGCUGAUGCUGUGGCCACAGCACGCAGAGAAAGAGACAUCGCCGAGGACUUCACGGUGCGGAGCCCAGCAACGCCAGAACGGGUUCGAAUGGCCUGCGCCGACCGCUUCACAGAGAUGAUCCCAAGAGACGACCCCAAGACAUUUAAACCUUGGUCUAUCCCUAUAGCAUAACACUGCUGUCAUUUCCUGACAGGUGUUGCAGUUUUUCACAAGUGAAAAGACGGCUUGUUAAUCCUAAUUGGACUCCAAACUGAUAUUCUUUUACUGUUGUGGAAGAGAAAUGACAAAAUUUAGGAUCAUUAUUCAUGUCUGAUUCUGUGAACAAGAUAAAUCAUUAUUUACAGAUUAUGUGCUUAGACUUUCCAGCCUAGAGGUGACCGGACAAACACUGCGAGAUCCAUGGAAGGGGUGCUGAUUUAACGCUGAUUUCUCUCUGAAGAUGUCAUGGAAAUAUUGCAGGAAGGGGGAAUUUUUUCUUUCUGUGUCCCUCCGAUCAGACUGGACUGGUGACAUGGAUUACAGUCAUAGAGUGAAGACCCUUCCCCUAGAUCAACAUGUGACUCCUUUUCCCAGGGACGUUUGAUUCUGUGGCCACAGCUCGCCAACACCACAAGACUUCUACAGGGUUUUCUUCUGUCGUGUUUUCCCUGUGGUUAGCUAUGGGUCUGCGCAUGCGCAUUUGACAGAAAAGGAGUGGUAUUUCCCUCCUGUGGAUCAGCUAUUCAACUGGUUAGCAUUCUUUUGGAAUUUGGAGGGAGAAAGCAAUGUAAACCAUUUUCAAUGUAUUAUCUCAAAACCCUUUAUUUUUUUAAAUGUGUUUAUGGAAAUCAUUUGCCAUGGUAUCAGAGUUCCAGAAAUACUUGAUUGCUCAGUUUCCCAUAUAUCGAAGUGGGUGAUACACAGCAAAAGAAUUCUGAAUUAUAAUCAGCCCUACGUUGUAGUUUAAAACAUGCAGGAUCCACCAAUUCCAUUAAUCUGAGUUUUAGAGGCCUUCAGAGAAGGAGAAAUCAGUAUAUGAAUUAGGCCUUAUUUAAGCAGAAAGUCAGGGGUAAACUGCCAGUCUACCAGCCAGAAUUCACAGGAGGCUCACCAGGCCUCCAUUUCCAGGGACUCCCGAAGUGAAUGAAGGGGGAGAGGCUGCGCUGUGAGCGCUUGCUAUGGGCGAGGGAAGGCAAAGAUGAGGCAAGUGGUACAGCCUGGAGGAGGCGGAAGGUCAUCAUGAGCACGUCUGAUUGGAGCGACUGGGACACAGCUGUCUAGAGGCCCAUCCGCUGACUUUGGAGGCUCCACUAGGCCACAGGUGUCCAAGGGAGGAAGUGGGACAGGAGCACAAAGAGGAAGGAGACAGGAACCGAAGGGUCAUGGGCAGGACAAAAAUUACGCAAGAUUUUUGCUUAUGUGAGCAGAAGAGCUGGGGAACUUGAUAGGAGUAUCCAGGGUGAAAGUAAUAAAAGUUUGGAUCUUGAGAAUAAAAUCCUUAACUGGAUAAUCUAAUAUGAAUGUGAAAUUUGUUUUAUCAUUUAUAUAAUUUUGAAUGAUGGUAAAUAUAAUUUGCAUUUUUAAAAAUUUGGUCUAUAGGGCUAAGGAUGGUUACUGGGCAUUUAUUUUCCAUUUGUCAUGGCUGAGAACUAUAAAGCACUAAAGAUAGAGGGUCUGAAUAAAAUUUCAUGUGAGUUGAUGCACAAAAAUCUGAAUGGCAUGGCUAUCAAUAAAGUACUUUUUUAAAAGGA